AUUAUGUGAAAGAUAAUGACUUUAUCAUAUUUCCUCGCAAAGAUAACAAUCGAUACAUAGCCGGUUAAUCAUCGUCAUCAUCAUUAUCUAAAUAAGGACAUGAUAGUGGACAUUCAGUUUUGUUUGCGCCCCUACAAUAACUGUUGUGUUUUGAUAGACUACAUUGAGGUACAUUACUACCAUUACAGGUACAUUUACAUUAUACGGUAAAUUGCCUCGAAUAAAAGAAUCGAAAAUUAUUUAACUAUAUCAACGUAAGAAGUAGUGUUUAGUGCGCUGGUUAACAUGAAAAUAAAUAAAUGAUAAAAUGGAAAACACUUUUCUUUGGUUACUUUUAAGUGGUCUUGUGUCUAUGUCAGUACCUGCAAAUGGCUGUGCAAUCGAUGGCAUAGAUUGGUUUGUAGCUGCUUCCGAAUCUAUACUUGAUACAUUUAGAGGCAAUAUUUGGGAUAGAUCUACAUCAAAUAUUGACGGUAUACAGGACAUAGAAUAUACAGAGGGACUAAACAAUGGACCCUACGUGACUAUAUCGCAUACGGAUUCUAGGCUGAUCGUUUCUACUAACGAUGCAUUUAAAAACUAUGAGGAAUACGAAACAGCGAUGUCUAUGGGAUUUACGAUAACUUUUAGAUGCACCGGUGGCGGUACAAAUCGUUUUGUGUUUGAAAUACGCAUCAAUGAUACAAACAACAACGACCCACAAUUCAGACCGUCCAACACUUACGAGUUUAUCAUUGCACCACCAAUACCACCAGGCUUUCUGAUCACCAACUGUGUGGAUGAUAUAAUUGUCAGAGACAUUGAUUUAACGACGCAGAGAAUUGACUUUGAGCUUUCAGGAAGUACACUAUUUCAAAUCACGUACGACAAUACAUCUACUAUCCCCAAAGAAUUCAAAGCAGCUUUGCGAACUACAACGUUCAUCAGAUCAAUACCUGAGCCAAUUAUUCUCACUGUAACUGCUACGGAUGUAGACCGAACUGGCGACCCAAGAAGAACAGCAACCGCCACUGUGAAAGUUGUAGCUGAUACCGAGUUUAACUUUCCUGAUGAACCAAUUUUUUCACUACCCUUUUAUUUAGCCACUUAUACAUCUGAGAAUGAACUCAUUUUACAAGAUACCAUUUCUUUGCGUCAAGGUUUUGACGAAGAAGUGGUAUUCAGUUUAGAAGGACAACAUUCGCAGUAUUUUGAACUUGCCCCAUAUGCCAACGAAGUUACUUUUAAGAUAAAGGCUCCAGUACCUGUUGAAUUGUAUAAAGAGGGCCAAAUCCUUCUCGUUGUGAAGGCAGAGCGAACAUAUACAAGCGGUGCCACUGCUACGGUUGUUGUGGAGUUACCUAAAGCUAUUGAGCUACAAUUCGAAGCUGGGGUAUACGAAGGAUCUAUCGAAGAUAAUAAAUUAAAUCUCGAAAAUUUAAAACUAAAGCAAGGAUAUGAAGAUACGACUAUUACCGUCGACAUUAUAAGCGAUUAUAACUCUUACUUCAAAGCCAGCGUUAGUGGAAAUAUUAUCGCAAUAUCCAUGAACCCCUUAAGUGAUAGUAUUGUAAAAGGAAACAAUUUCAUUAACCUACAAGUAACUGCCACUACUGCUUCAAAUAGAACUGCCACUACCAUAGUUACAUUGGAGAUAAUAAAAGACGAUAUCACCACCCCUGUCUUCGAAAAAAACCUUUAUUCUGGAAGCUACGAUCACGCAACUGGGUUAAACCUUGAGCAAAUCAUUUUAAUACAAGGCUUUGAUAAUACGGUUACUUUUACACUAGAAGGAGAGUAUUCUACCCUCUUUGAAAAAAAAGAAGACGGACCCAACAUCUCGCUGUCUUUGUCGUCUUUACCGGCAGAACUCUUCGCAGAGCGAAACAUAUUGGUUUCUGUACGUGCCACAAAGCCCAGGACUGUGGGAGCUAACACUGUAGUACAGGUUUCUUUACCUAAAGCUAGAGAAUUGAGUUUUGAGAAGUUAAUAUACAAAGGAAACUUGGAAGAGAAUAUCAUUACCCUCGACACAAUUGUUUUGAACGUGGGCUACGAAUCGGACGUUAUCUUCAGCCUCACGGGAGAUCAUGUGGAUUAUUUCAAUUUAAACAUUACGAAGAACAAAAUAUCACUUGACGUGAAGAAACAGAUACCAGAAAAUGUUUUAGAAAAUAGUUUCUUCGUAAUGUUUCUAAGUGCAUCUGGUAACAACACGGUAACUUCCUCGGCGACCAUCUUGCUGGAGACAAUAAAACAAGAUACCGUAACACCUGCCUUUUCGAAGUAUAUCUAUGAAGGCACUUACAUAAACAGUACUAACAUCGAUUUUGAAACUAUAAGUUUAAUACAGGGUUACGAUGAUACAGUUACCUUUGAUUUAGAUGGAGAACAUGCAAGGUAUUUCUCGAUAAAUUCUGCUGAAAACCGAGUCAUGCUGACACUAAAAUCUACCAUACCGGAAGAUCUGAUAUUUAAAGAAAAGGUUUUGCUAUUCAGUGUGAAGGCCGAGAAACCUAGGACUGUCGGAGCUAAUGCCGCUAUUUCACUCAGAUUCCCACAAGAUUUAACCGAACCUGUUACUCUGCGAUUUUCACAAAAUACCUAUCGUGGUCUAUUAAAAGAUGACAAAUUGACUGUGGACAACAUUGUUCUUCAAUCAGGAUUUACAACAGAAACUAAAUUUUUGCUAAGUGGAGAUUCCGUUGAAAAUUUUACGAUCUCUAAUAGCAAUAAUGUGAUUUCAAUAGAAUUAUCAGACACUGUGUCAUUGGAAGAUCUUAAAAAGAAUAAAUAUAUAGUCCUUGAAAUAGAGGCAACAAGGGAAAGAGCUGUACCAGUAAUAUCUACAUUGAUAGUUGAUAUACCAGCCGAUACUCCAGUUACUAUACCAGUAUUUGAGAAAGCUUUUUAUACUGGAACUUAUACGAAAGACAGUGGACUAGAAUUCACAGAAUUAAUAGCCUUAAAAUUGGGAUUCGAUAAAACAGUGACCUUUACAUUAGAAGGAGAUAAUGCACAGUGGUUUUCUGUAUUACAAGAUGAAAAUUUAGUCUCUUUAAUUUCUAACGACCAAAAUCCAUUACCAGAUGAAGUCCUUUUAGAAAACCAGCACUUGCUCUUUACCAUUAUAGCCCAAAAACCUGACACUAUUGGUGGACGAGCGGCGAUAUCUAUCACAUUAAUAAAAGAUUCUGAUAUUGAUACCAGUGCAUCCUUUGAUAAAGUUCUAUAUAACGGGAAUCUCAAAGGUGGCGUUAUAUCUCACGAAACUAUUAGAUUGACAGGUUUUACUGGUUCAAACAUUAAUAUUACUGGAGAACUUGCGACUUCAUUCAAAGCAAACGCCGCCAACGAUUACGUCACAGUAGUCGUAGGUUUUUCAGCAGUCUUUCCUGAAAACCUAACUUAUAUAGUGCUUACUUUACAAGCAGACAGCGCUAAUGCAGUUCUUAUUAUAGAUGUGACGCCUUCAGAUUCUGACAUUGAUACAAGUGUAUCGUUUGAUAAAAUUCUAUAUAACGGGAAUCUCAAAGGUGGCGUUAUAUCUCACGAAAUAAUUAGAUUGACAGGUUUUACUGGUUCAAACAUCAAUAUCACUGGAGAACUUGCAACGUCAUUUGAAGCAAAUGCAGCUAACGGUUACGUUAUAGUAGACGUAAUCUAUUCAGCAGUAUUUCCUGAAAACCUUACUUAUAUAGUGCUUACUUUACAAGCAGACAGCGCUAAUGCAUAUCUAAUUAUAGAUGUGACGCCUUCAGAUUCUGACAUUGAUACCAGUGUAUCGUUUGAUAAAAUUCUAUAUAAUGGGAAUCUCAAAGGUGGCGUUAUAUCUCACGAAACUAUUAGAUUGACAGGUUUUACUGGUUCAAACAUAAAUAUUACUGGAGAACUUGCGACUUCAUUCAAAGCAAACGCCGCCAACGGUUACGUCACAGUAGUCGUAGGUUCUUCAGCAGUCUUUCCUGAAAACCUAACUUAUAUAGUACUUACUUUACAAGCAGACAGCGCCAAUGCAGUUCUAAUUAUAGAUGUGACGCCUUCAGAUUCUGACAUUGAUACCAGUGUAUCGUUUGAUAAAAUUCUAUAUAACGGGAAUCUCAAAAGUGGCGUUAUAUCUCACGAAACCAUUAGACUGACAGGUUUUACUGGUUCAACUAUCAAUAUUACUGGAGAACUUGCGACGUUAUUCGAAGCAAACUUAGCCAACGGUUACGUUACAGUAGACGUAAUCUUAUCAGCAGUCUUUCCUGAAAACCUAACUCAUAUAGUGCUUAAUUUACAAGCAGAUAGCGCCAAUGCAUUUCUAAUUAUAUAUGUGACGCCUUCAGAUUCUGAUAUUGAUACCAGUGUAUCGUUUGAUAAAGUUCUAUAUAACGGGAAUCUCAAAAGUGGCGUUUUAUCUCACGAAACCAUUAGACUGACAGGUUUUACUGGUUCAACUAUCAAUAUUACUGGAGAACUUGCAACUUUAUUCGAAGCAAAUGCCGCCAACAGUUAUGUCACAGUAGUCGUAAGCUUUUCAGCAGUCUUUCCUGAAAACCUAACUUAUAUAGUGCUUACUUUACAAGCAGAUAGCGCCAAUGCAGUUCUAAUUAUAGCUGUUACACCUUCAGAUUCUGACAUUAAUACCAGUGUAUCGUUUGAUAAAGUUCUAUAUAACGGGAAUCUCAAAGGUGACGUUAUAUCUCACGAAACUAUUAGAUUGACAGGUUUUACUGGUCCAAACAUCAAUAUCACUGGAGAACUUGCAACGUUAUUUGAAGCAAACAUAGCCAACGGUUACGUUACAGUAGACGUAAUCUUAUCAGCAGUCUUUCCUGAAAACCUAACUCAUAUAGUGCUUACCUUACAAGCAGACAGUGCUAAUGCAGUUCUAAUUUUAGAUGUCACGCCUUCAGAUUCUGACAUUGAUACCAGUGUAUCGUUUGAUAAAGUUCUAUACAACGGGAAUCUCAAAGGUAGCGUUAUAUCUCACGAAACUAUUAGAUUGACAGGUUUUACUGGUUCAAACAUCAAUAUCACUGAAGAACUUGCAACGUUAUUCGAAGCAAACGUAGCCAACGGUUACGUUACAGUAGACGUAAUCUUAUCAGCAGUCUUUCCUGAAAACCUAACUUAUAUAGUGCUUACUUUACAAGCAGACAGCGCCUAUGCAGUUCUAAUCUUAGAUGUGAUGCCUUCAGAUGCCAGCCUCCCAAUAGUUUCGUUCGGCUCACCAUCAUAUUUUCUAUGGGCUGAUAUAAAUCAAACUGGCUCGGUCGGAAGGGUAAAAGCUACUGUGAGCAAUGGAGAAUCUGUGCUGUAUUCUAUUACUGUAGUAGGUGAUCUUCAAGAGCGUGUUUCGAUUAAUGCCGAGGGUGAAAUUCUAUUAUUGAUCUCAUUAGAUAAGGGAAUAUAUAAUUUCAAAGUUAUUGCAACGGCUGAAACUAGUCAAGUAUCUGCGACAGCUCAGGUGAUUUUGCGAGUAGAUGCUUUGCCAGAAUGCAGCACGGAAGCUGGCCUUCCACCGUUAAUCAUUUUAGAGAGAGUUGAAGAAGAGCCACACCUUAACUUAAUCGUACUAAACCAAACCCAAAAUGAAGAUUGUUGGUACACAAUAACAAGCAUCUGGCCCGAAGAUCAAUCAUGGCUGUACGUGGAUAAUAGAGGCUUGCAUGCUAGGGCCAUUGACCGAGAACACAAAUCAAUUGCCUUUAUGAUAUUAUCUCAGAUUCAAGUAGAGCUCAUACUUCACUGUGACAAUGAUGACGAGAGAGGCAUUGUCAAGCGAUCAUUAGCUACAGAAACUAGAUCAGUACUAGAUCCUUAUACCUACGGCUCUAGUAACUGGGUUCUUGCUGAUACAAUUACGUACAAUGCCAGGCGGAGCGUGGUGAAUCUAAUCGUCGAAGAUAUUAACGACAAUCCGCCGAUAUUUGUAGGAAAGGAGGACGAACCAAUUUAUGUAGGAUACCCCAUACCUGAACUCGAGAACACUAUAUUGCCACGAGCUUUGAUUGAAUUAAAGGCAACAGAUGCUGAUAUAGGAGAAAACGCAGCUUUAAUAUACUGGAGCGAAGAGGAAAAUCUAGCCAUUGCGGCGACCACGGGCUACGUACAUGUCCAGAAUAACGCAUUACUAACUGAUAACUCCCGCCUCACGGUAUAUGCUAUCGAUCAAAAUGGCAAAGGGUUAAACGGCACUUUGGAUAUUGUGGUCAAAUUAUUGGAAAGAAAUCAAAUAGCAGUAAUAACAGUUCGGAAUGCUUUCUUACAUGAUGAAAAUUCCAUUUUGAGUAACCUGAGCAAGUUGGUUGGUUACGAUGUCAAAAUAUUAAGAACAGUCGUAAUCUCUGAUAUUAAUGAAGAAACCGAAGAGCCUUCAAGAAGAAAACGAGAAACAGCGAACACAUCUGGUGCAUCUUUGCAAUUAUUUGUGUACGGUAUAUCCGGAAGCCAACUAGUCAGUGUUGACAAACUAACGAGUGAUUUAGAUAACGUAGUUUCGGCAAACUCAGUCCGAGUUACAUCGUUAGAAGAUCAUCUGGAAGGCCUAGAGAUAUGCUCAGUUCCAGGACAACACACCGCAUUGUUAGCCGCAACUAUAACUCUAGCUGUGGUACUUUUUAUACUAAUUGUAGCAGCCACUAUAUGGUUUUUACUAGAAUGGAGAAAGAAGCAAAACUAUGAAAAAUUUAGUGAUGCAAACAGCUUGACUACUAGUAUUGAAACCGAGCCGAUUCCUAAAGUUGAAACCCCACCCAAACCAAGACUUGAUAUUGAGGAACUCAAAAGAAGCGAAAGGAGACUGCAAGAAAUGCUUGACGCUCCACUUCCGGAAAUAACAGUUCACCCUCCAAAGAAUGAGACAAACAAAGUAGAAGAAGAUGAAUCUAUCACAAAAGCACAAGAAACUUUAAUCAAUAUUACAGCUGAUCCUCAACAACCAAUCAUAAUACAAUCGAUCGAUAAACUGAAAGAUAAUACUGAUGAUUUGGGCGAAGAUGAAUACGGUGAAGUGACAGUAACAACACCAAGGAAAUCUGUAGUCACUUUUAAUGAAAACGUUGAAAAAAUUAUACAUUUAGAAUACGAUAUUGAUGAAACUCCAUCAGAGCCCGAUACUGAAGUCUACAGGUUUUGAUGUUUCGUUUAGUUUAAAAUAAAUGUUAUGGUAAUUAGCUUUAUAAAACGGAUAUCUCUUUGGAAUAAAAUAUCCUUAGAGAUUUUUUCCCUGAACGUCUGUUAUCGGUUAUACAAUUUGACUAAAAAACGAAACUUGCAUGGGUAGCUCUUUCAAGUCGCUGCCCUCUUUAUGAGGGAACCCGAGAUAAGAUCAUGCAUCCGUAUAAAAUUAUGGCGUGCUUCGCUUAAAAUCUAAGUGAAUAUCAAAGUAGGUGGUUGAGUAUUGACACUGAAUGCUUGCAGUAUUGAACUUUUGAGAAUAUAAUUAAGACCUAAUCCUUUGUAAAAUUAUACCAAUAUGCAAAAUGAUAAUCAUAUUAAAAAUA